CUCUCCUCCGGUCCUCCCUCCCCAAAUAAAUCAUGUCCAUGACACAUCACUGCCUAAGUUAAACCUUAGCCAUCUUAGAACAGUAGACUCCUACCCAGGUUGGCCAACCAAAGAUAGUAAUGCAUAAUCAUGGGAUUGGAAUUGGUUUCUAGUUAUUUGGAUGCAAAGAUUGAUCAGCCCCCCUUAUAACUCUUUUGGUUGACCAACCAAAAAUAGUGACGCACAGUAAUGGAAUAGGUAUUGGUUUCUAGUAUGUGUAUGCAAAGAUUGAUAUGUAAAAUAUUAAAGGAUGUGGUUAAGGAAACUCUGAUAACACAUAUAUGUUUUUUUCACAAUUUCAUCUGAUGCUAGAUCUGAAAUCUGUUAACUUUGUUGAAACAAAUGGGUCUUUUAAAUAUUCAGCAAUGGUUUGCAUGAUGAAAAAUUUUCUUUGAAUAUGAUGAUUCUAGGACCUAUUGACUCAAUGUAUGUAAGGUGUUAUACUGGGCCUAUGCUUAUAGGCACAAUAUGCUGGCUUGUUAUGUAACCUCGAAGCCGUAUGAGCAAACUUAUGGUUUAUGUCCCCUGCGUACCUGAGCUGAGGCCCACUUUGCUUUGGAAGUGGGCUUCUGGCUUCUAGUCUAGUUAAAUGUUGAUCUAGCUAUUUGGUCAUUUGGACCUAACUUAACUAUUUAAGCUUAUUACAUAUUAUGAGUACAUCUAAAGCUGAAACCAGGCCAAGCAGGCCUUGUAGUAAUUUAGUGGGAAUAGCCUUGGCCUACAGGAAAUAUGUUUGCAAUUGGUAUAGUUUCCGAAUUCAUAGAUGCUAUGUUCUGCGAACCAUGAUGUACCCAGUAAUAAUGUGGCAGAGAGUGCAGCAUACUUUUUUCAUGCCACCUGACUGAAUGUGUGACAGAAAGAGUUGCUGAAAAAUCUUAUCUGCAUGUGUAGACUCAUACUUCGUGAACUUUCUGCAAGUACCAAUAAUUCAAAGUAUUUUAAGGGGUCCUUUGAGAAAUCCAUAGGCUGGGAGUCUGGGACACUGCACAGGUACUAAUGCAUAAUUUAGCAGAAAACAUGAUGAUUUAGUGUAAGAUAUUUCUGGAGUAACAAACAUCAUUUGAGGUGAAUAUACAACUUGAUCACUGCAUUCAUUGCUGUGGCUACAUCAUAUUGUUAUCUGAAUGUAGAUUGUAUUGCUAGACUGGUUUGCUAGAUGACAGGCAAUCAUUUAAGGUGGCUUGGGAUGCAACACUAACCAAUGACUUAAUGACUUAUCCAUCUAUUACCGUGCCGACUUCCUUAUGGUAUUCCAUAGCACUUAUAAUUUAGAGUCUGUUUAUUUUUUGAUAUGAUGAGCUGUAUCCUGCUGGUGGCAGUUGAGUGAAUGAAAUCAAUAUCAUGCCCUAGAUCAGCACCUGAGUUGUGUGACAAGGCUGGGACUUGAAGCAGAGGUGAUAGUUGUAAUAAGAAGGUAACAGAUUCAGAGGCUUGUUGUGAUCGAUCUAUGAGGUAAUUCGCUCUCUCUAAUCUGGGUCGCAUUUCACAUAAAUAAACUAAUUAAUAGCAGUACUGUUGUCCUGUUGCCGCACAUCGCCAUGCUUAUAGCCAAAGUGAACUUCGUUAGUCAGCAACUACUGGAUUGUAGUGAGAACUGAGGCAGUAACAUGGUGUUCUCUGAUAUUUAGUUAUGCCCUGUCCAGUCGAUACCUGUUGCUCAUUUCAACGUCACUCAGUUCCUAUUGCAGUGCCAGCCACCUGAUUCUCAUAAGUUGAAGCCGGUGGGUGGUUGCGCGUGCUGUGUCAGCACAAAGCGCUUGUAUCACAACAACAUAUAGUUGUACAGCCAUUAUAUUGGAGCACCCAACUCAACGACGGCACAAAACCAUGCUUAGAAUUAAUGAUAUCCAAAUUUAUCCGAUUUGUUGGGCAAUUAUCCCCAAAGCAUCUGAUCAGCACAGAAUAUAUAGUCCAGGCAUGCACUAGCUGUUGUUUACUCGAAGCAGGCGAGUACGUCAGCUCCCGGUCUUCAGAGACCGCCUCGAUGCUGUAUAAUACUGCCGGUAUAUUCUACUUACAAUACUUUAUAUAUCAGAGUUUCCUAUUGCGAGAUGCACGGAGUCGAGUAGGUUGGUGGCGCGCCUACGUGCUGCACGACUGCGUCGCACGUCCGUUUGUCUGUUCCCCUCUCUGUGUGAGAUUGCAGGUCCAGGUUUCUCACGGCUAGCUGCUGAGGCUGAAGCUGACUCUGGAGGCGGAAGAGCGCAUAGUUUAAGCGCCCUCCCAGCAAGUGUGACACUCGCGCUCGGCAUAGUUUUUCGGUGCAGCGUGGGGGCGCUCUCUGCUAGCUGCUAGCGAGGCCAUGUGAAGCUUUGAAGUGCAAUCAAGCUCGGUUUUCCUUUGCACCGUACAUGGCUUCCUGUUGGAACUCGAAACGUGGGGGCACGUCGAAUCUGGAGCGGAUACGAAUGCUGAUCCGCCAUUCUGCCUUGGCAAGAUGCCCAUGCAUGAAGUGACACGAUCAGUCCAUCGAGAGUGAUUAACUAGAUGGCUCAGGCAGCAAGCAAGCGCGGUGGUAUGCAGCAGCAGCUCCGGCCAACGGUGAUGUACGACGACGAGCCAUCCGCCAUGUCACUCGAGCUCUUCGGCUACCACGGCGGCGGCGUCGUGGACGGCGACGGCGCGGCCCUCUCGCUGCAGCUCGCCUUCGACGACGACAACUUCAAGCAUGGCGGCGGGUGCGGCGGCGCCUCGGCCGGCGGCGACUACUACGGCGGCUGGGCCGGGUACGGCGGCUCGGGCGGCGCCAGCUCCAGCUCCAGCUCGUCGGUGCUCAGCUUCGAGCAGGCCGGCAGCGGCGGCGGACACCACCACCUCGCCUACGGCGACGACGGGUGCGCGCUGUGGAUGGACGCCGCCGCCGGCAUGGUCGAGAAUCCGGCGCAGCAGCACGGAUCCGCCUGCAGGUUUGGGCUCGUGAGCCCAGGCAGCUCGGCCGAUGAUGAUACCGGCCUACACUUCCAGGAGCUCGGCUCCGUCCAGCCGCCGGCCAAGGCCACGAACAAGCGCGCACGUCCGGAUGGUGAGGUGCAAGCUGCAGUGGCGAAGAAGCAGUGUGGCGGCAGCGGCGGCAGGAAGAGCAAGGCCAAGGCUGCUCCGGCUCCUACCAAGGACCCUCAAAGCGUAGCUGCAAAGGUUCGAAGAGAGAGGAUCGCCGAGAAGCUCAAAGUCCUGCAAGAUCUUGUGCCCAAUGGCACCAAGGUGGAUUUGGUCACCAUGCUAGAGAAGGCGAUCACCUAUGUCAAGUUCCUCCAGCUGCAAGUCAAGGUGUUGGCUGCCGAUGAGUUCUGGCCUGCACAAGGAGGGAAGGCACCGGAGCUCUCUCAAGUGAAGGACGCCUUGGACGCCCUCCUGUCGUCCCAGCAGUACCCUAACAAAUGAGACCAUGCACUUGUUUUAGUUUGUUCUAGAAGGCUAAGGUGGUGAAGACGUUAUUAGGAGAUCUAGUGAUCUACUCAUGUAUCGCUGGCGAAGAACAGAGGCAAAGUAGUAGAGCACAAGCUCUGAAACAUGUGAUGGUUGAGAUAUCUGGAGUCUAGCGUGUUGGAGUUCAUCAGUCAUACAUGGAUCUUGUUUCUUUUCACUUUUACAAGAUCACUCUUCUUGUCUCAUUAACGCUUACGAAGGAAUUCAUUUGAUAGUAUCACAGUUUUUUCUUUAUUCCA